AUGCGUAUGAGCGACCUCUACGGCGGAUCCCGUUGGUCGACAACAUCAUUUCCACUUGAUUGGAUAAAAAUGAUAUGGAGUAGGCCUCGUCCCGCUACCUACCUCUGCGGACAAUUUCUGACAGCAUGGUUAAAAAAAUAUUGGUUACUAUUACCACAAAAGACAUCAAUAUUAAUUGCAUGGGAUGAAGAUGAUAAUACAGAACAAAACAGAAUAGCAAAUUUUCUUCUCGGACCAUAUAUUACACCAAAUACAUCAUGUAAUUUACGCUUAUCGCAUUAUUCUAUACUAAAAACUAUUCAAGAUAAUUGGAAUUUAAAUAGUUUAGAAAGAAACGAUAAAAAUGCAACAACGUUUUUACAAUUAUUAAAACAACCAUCAAUAGGUGAUUAUUUAAAUACUAUUAGAAUUAUAUCAACACUUCCUAAUGUAUCAUUUCCCAUUAAUGAAAGCACAUAUGAUGCACAUCAACUCAAAGUGCAACAAGAGGUAUUACAACAACAUAACUUGUAUCGAGCAAGACAUUGUGCUUUAGCAUUGAUACUCAAUGAUGUAUUAACUGAAAUUGCUCAAGAGUAUGCUGAGGAAUUGGCUAUACAAAAUCAAUUUCAGCAUAGCAGUAAUACGGUGAAUGGCGGCAAAAGUUUAGGAGAAAAUUUAUAUAUGAUGAGUGGAUCCGAAACUCUCAAUGUUAACGGUGCUACUUCAACAACAGACUGGUAUGACGAAAUAAAAUAUUACAAUUUUAAUAGACCUGGAUUUUCAUCUGGAGCAAGUCAUUUUACGCAAGUGGUUUGGAAGGAUUCAAUAUACCUUGGUGUUGGUGUUGCUUAUGGUAAUAACGGAAGAUUAGCAUACGUUGUCACCAAUUAUUAUCCAGCAGGAAAUGUGCAAGGUGAUUACCAACAAAACGUUCUUCCAGAACAGUGCUAA